AUGGCCCCCAAAGCUUCCAAAGCCUCAAAGGCCGUGGCUAAGCCUGCAAAUUCCCAUGCCCGCCCUCACGGCUACGAAUUUGCAGGACCGCCCGGCGCAUUUGCCAUCUCUUUUGGUUUACCAAUCGCGUGCUACGUUGCGCAAUUGCUCUGCAACGAUAUAUCUGGCUGCCCAGUCCCCUCCGCGCUCUCUCCUUCAACCCUGACAAUUGAGAAGCUCAAACAAGAUGUUGGAUGGCCACAAAAUGGGAUAUGGGGGUUGACAAACUGGGAUGUCUCUGCAAAGGUGCUGGGUUAUUACCUACUCUCUCUUGUCCUCCACCGGGUGCUCCCUGGACAGGAGGUCGAGGGCGUUGAACUCUCGUCAGGGGGAAGAUUGAAGUACAAGUUUAAUACUUGGUCUUCAUCCAUGGUCACUUUAAGUAUCUGCUUAGCUGGCACUAUCGCCCAAGGCACCGAAUUCCCCGUUUGGACCUUCAUUUACGAUAACUUCCUCCAAAUUCUCACAACCAAUAUCAUAAUCGCCUACACCAUCGCAACAUUUGUCUACGUCCGCAGCUUUAGCGUAAAGCCAGGCAAUGCCGAGCGUCGAGAGCUGGCAGCUGGUGGGCAGUCAGGAAACAUGCUCUACGACUGGUUCAUUGGGCGAGAACUCAACCCCCGCGUUACAAUUCCCCUUAUCGGCGAAGUCGACAUCAAAGAAUGGUGUGAGUUGCGCCCAGGUAUGUUGGGCUGGAUAUUGUUCAAUUGCGCAUUCAUAGCGCGCCAAUACAGGGCAUACGGCACCGUGACCGACAGCAUUUUCCUCAUUUCAGCAUUCCAAAGCCUCUACGUCGUUGACUCCUGGUGGAUGGAACCGUCAAUUCUUACCACUAUGGAUAUCACGACUGACGGCUUUGGCUUUAUGCUCGCAUUUGGGGAUCUUGUCUGGGUACCAUUCAUCUACUCUAUCCAAGCUCGUUAUCUCUCAGUAUACCCACUUACUCUCGGUAUCACCGGCGUAAUCCCAGUUAUUGGUGCAGCUGGACUAGGAUACUACAUCUUCCGCAGCGCCAACAACGAGAAGAACCGCUUCCGCACCAACCCCAAGGAUAGCCGCGUAGCACACCUGAAAUACAUCGAGACCAGAUCCGGGUCAAAACUGCUGACCUCCGGAUGGUGGGGUGUCACAAGACAUAUCAACUAUUUUGGUGACUGGAUUCAAGCAUGGGCUUACUGUCUGCCUACCGGAAUGGCUGGCUAUCUCGUACAGCACAGCUCUACCGCCCCCGGCACCGGACAAUCUGCCGCAGAUAAAUCAUUCGUGUAUUCCGGUCCUACGGGCUUUACCGAAGUUUUGCAGGGCUCUGCAAGAGGUUGGGGAAUGAUGUUCACGUACUUCUACUUGAUCUACUUUGCAAUUCUGUUGAUUCAUCGCGAGAGGAGGGAUGAGGAGAAGUGCAUUAGAAAGUAUGGCGAUGAUUGGAAGAGGUACACCGAGAUUGUACGAUACAGGAUCGUUCCUGGUAUUUAUUAG